GGGCGCAAUCAACCCCAGGGUGGAGAAAAGGGAAGGCGAAGGACGCGCGUUCCCGGGCUCGUGACCGCUGGCUACGCGGGGAACCCGCGCCUAGACAGCCCUGGAGAGAUGGCAAGCGGUGGGGACCGGCGCGCGGGGGACACCCUCCACCUGCUGCUGCUAGUGGCUACCUUGUCCCCUACGAUGCUGGGCGCCGUCGCCUGGACAGAAGAGAAGAAUUAUCACCAACCAGCCAUUUUGAAUUCGUCCUCUCUUCGGCAAGUUGCGGAAGGCACCAGUAUUUCUGAAAUGUGGCAAAAUGACUUAAGGCCCCUGCUGAUAGAACGAUAUCCUGGAUCCCCUGGAAGCUUUGCUGCUCGCCAGCACAUCAUGCAAAGAAUUCAGAGACUUCAAGCUGACUGGGUCUUGGAAGUAGACACCUUCUUGAGCUGGACACCCUAUGGGUACCGGUCUUUCUCCAAUAUCAUCAGUACCCUCAGUCCCACUGCUAAGCGUCACUUGGUCCUCGCCUGUCACUAUGACUCCAAGUAUUUUCCCCAUUGGGAAAACAGGGUGUUUGUGGGAGCCACAGACUCAGCUGUGCCAUGUGCGAUGAUAUUGGAACUUGCCCGGGCCUUAGACAAGAAACUUCUCUCUUUGAAGAAUAUUUCAGACACCAAGCCAGAUCUCUCACUCCAGUUCAUUUUCUUUGAUGGAGAAGAGGCAUUUCUUCACUGGUCUUACAGUGACUCUCUGUAUGGAUCUAGGCACCUAGCUUCCAAGAUGGCAUCGACGCCACACCCACCCGGAGCGAGAGACACCACCCAGCUGCAUGGCAUGGAUUUACUGGUUUUAUUAGAUUUAAUUGGAGCUCCAAACCCAACAUUUCCCAAUUUUUUCCCAAACUCUGCUAGAUGGUUUCAAAGACUUCAAGUAAUUGAACAUGAACUCCAUGAAUUAGAUUUGCUCAGGAAUCACUCUUGGGAGUCGCCGUAUUUCCAGAAUUAUGGUAAUGGAGGUGUGAUUCAGGAUGAUCAUAUUCCAUUUUUACGAAAAGGUGUUCCAGUUUUACAUCUGAUACCAUCUCCUUUUCCCGAAGUCUGGCACACCAUGGAUGACAAUGAAGAAAAUUUGGAUGAAGCAACCAUUGACAAUCUAAACAAAAUCAUACAAGUCUUUGUGUUGGAAUAUCUUCAUUUAUAAUAUUCUGACUUUGCUUAUGGUAACUGCACCUAGUAUUGCAUUAAAAACCAAGGUGCCAUUUCAAAUAAUCCGACUUCAAACAUAUGCUGUGUGGAAACUUCUAUCCUAUAGAAUCAGUCUGUAGGUACCUUUGAGUAUGUGACCAGUAAGUCCUAGAUUUACUUCAUGUCCUAAAUUGAUUGUUAAUUUUUAUCUAGAGAUUAAAGAAAGGUAAAUGUUGAAAAAAACAGAAAAUAAAUCUUUUAAAAAAUUCUCUGGAUAAGAAAUUAUGACAAGUCAGAUUCAGAUAUUUAGUAUUAUGGCCUAAAUAAUACUAAAAUAUGAUGGUGAUGUGCAAUGUGUAGCUUUAGUUUUAUGAUUUUUUAUAUUUGGGAAUCUAUUGCAUGUAAUAAUGAAAUGUAAGGUGAAAAUUCUUAAUUUUCUUUGAGAAAUGAUUAUAGGGUUUAUUUCAUGGACAAUAAAUCAGAAUUGA